GAAAAACAAUAAUUUCCAUUUAGAAUUCGCAAAGCAUGUCUUCGCUUGCGGACUCGUUCCUGGAGGACCUAGACGAACUCAGCGGAAGCAGUGACGAAGAGGAAACGUCAACGAGCUCCUCCAACCCUGUAGAAUCUACCUCCUCCGUCAACGCCGAGAUAAAUAGUAUCGAUGGCGUCGACGAACAGAUGCCCCAAGUCACGCCAUCUCGACCAGCUAAGCGGAAGCGAGAGGGUGAAGACCAGGAAGAGGAAAAGACCGUAAAUCUGGCCGGUUCGCUGCGCUCCAGCGUGAAACAGCGCGGUGUAGCUGCCGUCGCGUCGCUUAAGCGCUCGUCCAAGUACCUAUCGCACGUCCAGAAGAUUCAGCGAUAUGUGGAUGUGGACGAUGCCUCUGCUAAUACCAAGCCCCAGCCACUGGAGGAAGGAAGUGCCGAGUAUGAACUGGUGGUGACGUCCAACGACUUGAUGGUUCAGAUCGAUGACGAGAUAGAGGCCGUACACCGUUUCAUCGCUGAUGUCUACGCUGCCAAGUUCCCGGAGCUCGACUCCCUCGUGCCUAACGCACUGGACUACGCUCGCGUGGUCAAAGCUAUCGGCAAUGAGAUGGAUCUGACACUCGUGGAAGAGCUGCCCAAACUGCUUCCUAGCUCAGCUGUUAUUGGAAUCUCCGUGACGGGUUCCGGUACUAGUGGCAAACCUUUGAGUCCUGAAGACUUGAACAUCUGCAUGGAAGCUUGCAACGAGUUGUUAUCGCUGAACAAGGACAAGAAUAUGAUUCUGCGUUUUGUGGAAAGCCGCAUGAAGUACUUGGCGCCUAACGUGUCACAGCUCGUAGGCACACGUAUCGCUGCGCAGCUUAUCGGACUUGCUGGCGGUGUGGCGCAACUUGCACGGAUCCCGUCGUGCAACUUGCAGGUCUUAGGACAAGAUAAGAAAGUCCUAAGUGGUUUUUCGUCUGCUGCGGCACUCAAGCAUACCGGCGUCCUAUUCUUUAGCGACCUGGUGCAGAGUGUGCCACCGUAUUUGCGUAUGAAGGCGUGCAGAGCUGUAGCAGGCAAGCUGGCGUUGAUGGCGCGCGUGGACAGUCAACCUCAUCAGAAUGACACGGAAGGGCUAGUUGGCGCUCGCUUUCGUACCGAGUUAGUGGGUAAGAUGGAAAAAUGGCAGGAACCCCAGAAGGCCAAGACGAAGAAGGCGCUGCCUAUUCCAGACGAGAAGCCGCGCCGCAAACGUGGUGGCAAGCGUUAUCGCAAGAUGAAAGAGCGGCUACAGAUGACGGAUGUGCGACGUGAAAUGAACCGGCAGUCAUUCGCUACGGCUGACGAAGAGUACGGAGAUAACGCAAUGGGAAUUACAUCUGGCCGUCUUGGUCAGGAAGGAUCCGGUAAUCUGCGUAUUAUGCGCAAGGAGCAGAAGCAGUCAAGCAAAAAGUUGCGCGCUGCCAACUUUGCUGCGUUCUCUGCUAAGCCACCGCUUUCUGGUUUAGCAUCAAGUCUUGCUUUUACGCCCGUGCAGGGCAUUGAGCUCAUGAACCCUGAAGCUGCGAAGGCUCGCGUCGCCGAAGCUAACAAGAAAUAUUUCUCUGCUGCUAGUGGCUUCGUCAGUGUCAUCAAGAAGCCUUGA